CCCAUGGAUCUGGAAUAUAUAAGUCAGGAAAAUUCAGCGUUUGUGCAGCAGAGCAGCUCUACAGAAAAACCAGAAGAGCUACGGAGACCAACAGACACUCAGACAUCAUGAAAGCUGCUGUCUUCUUACUCAUGCUGUGCUACGUGGGCAGAAUUACAGCCUUUAAGUGCGAGGAGGCCCAAUAUCUACAUGAUAUUGUCCAGAUCGAUGCUGGACAAGGACAUGUGGUGGCAACCACCAAGGAAAACAAUGUCUUCAUAAUGAGUGGAAACAUUUGGAUCAGUCUGGGCAAAACAAAGCUGAAACAUGUCACAGUCGGACGUGCAGGAAUCUGGGGUGUUAAUGACCAGAACUACCUCUUCAGAUUUGUGGCUGACGAGUUUCAGCGUCCUAAAAAUGCUCAGAUGCUGGCACAGGUGGACGCUGGAGCUGACCAUGGGAUUGUGGGCGUUUCUGAAAACACCAUCUGUCUGAAGAUUAGCGACGCACAGAGUUUCAUUGGUGGGACUGAUCUGGUUUUUGAACGACUGUCCAUUGACGACUUGACGGUGUACAUUAGCUGUGGGGGCAAUGGGUGUUGGGGUGUUACCAAGUCAAACACCGUCCAGUUUACACAGACACUGACGACAUCUAACUGCACUGACUCCGGUUGGGAAGAAGUGCCAAAAGGUCCACAACUAACAAUGAUUGAAGUCAGUGAAAGUGGUCGUGUAUUUGCAUUGGAUACAGCUGGCUCCAUCUUUGAAAGGACUGGCAUAAGCACUCGUAAUCCAAAAGGUGAAAAGUGGACCGAAAUCAGCAUGUGCUUUGUGGCCAACCAUGUGACCUUUGACCUCAAACAUCUCUGGGUGGCGACCAAGUCUGGAUUUGUCUUGAAUUGCACAGAAUAAUGUGUGGCUGCUGCUC